AUGUCAAAAGAGACAUUUGCCAUUGUCCCAGAGACAUUUGUGUCCCCUACUGCCGUUGUCCCAGAGACAUUUGUGUCCCCUACUGCCAUUGUCCCAGAGACAUUUGUGUCCCCUACUGCCAUUGUCCCAGAGACAUUUGUGUCCCCUACUGCCAUUGUCCCAGAGACAUUUGUGUCCCCUACUGCCAUUGUCCCAGAGACAUUUGUGUCCCCUACUGCCGUUGUCCCAGAGACAUUUGUGUCCCCUACUGCCAUUGUCCCAGAGACAUUUGUGUCCCCUACUGCCAUUGUCCCAGAGACAUUUGUAGACUCCCAGGAUUUGUGUCCCCCUGCCAUUGUCCCAGAGACUAUUGUGUCCCCUACUGCCAUUGUCCCAGAGACAUUUGUGUCCCCUACUGCCAUUGUCCCAGAGACAUUUGUGUCCCCUACUGCCAUUGUCCCAGAGACAUUUGUGUCCCCUACUGCCAUUGUCCCAGAGACAUUUGUGUCCCCUACUGCCGUUGUCCCAGAGACAUUUGUGUCCCCUACUGCCGUUGUCCCAGAGACAUUUGUGUCCCCUACUGCCAUUGUCCCAGAGACAUUUGUGUCCCCUACUGCCGUUGUCCCAGAGACAUUUGUGUCCCCUACUGCCAUUGUCCCAGAGACAUUUGUGUCCCCUACUGCCAUUGUCCCAGAGACUAUUGUGUCCCCUACUGCCAUUGUCCCAGAGACUAUUGUGUCCCCUACUGCCGUUGUCCCAGAGACUAUUGUGUCCCCUACUGCCAUUGUCCCAGAGACAUUUGUGUCCCCUACUGCCAUUGUCCCAGAGACAUUUGUGUCCCCUACUGCCAUUGUCCCAGAGACAUUUGUGUCCCCUACUGCCAUUACAUUUGUGUCCCCUACUGCCGUUGUCCCAGAGACAUUUGUGUCCCCUACUGCCGUUGUCCCAGAGACAUUUGUGUCCCCUACUGCCAUUGUCCCAGAGACAUUUGUGUCCCCUACUGCCAUUGUCCCAGAGACAUUUGUGUCCCCUACUGCCGUUGUCCCAGAGACAUUUGUGUCCCCUACUGCCGUUGUCCCAGAGACUAUUGUGUCCCCUACUGCCGUUGUCCCAGAGACAUUUGUGUCCCCUACUGCCGUUGUCCCAGAGACAUUUGUGUCCCCUACUGCCAUUGUCCCAGAGACAUUUGUGUCCCCCCAUUGUCCCAGAGACAUUUGUGUCCCCAUUGUCCCAGAGACAUUUGUGUCCCCUACUGCCGUUGUCCCAGAGACAUUUGUGUCCCCUACUGCCGUUGUCCCAGAGACAUUUGUGUCCCCUACUGCCAUUGUCCCAGAGACAUUUGUGUCCCCCAGAGACUGCCGUUGUCCCAGAGACAUUUGUAGACUAUUUGUGUCCCCUACUGCCAUUGUCCCAGAGACAUUUGUGUCCCCUACUGCCAUUGUCCCAGAGACUAUUGUGUCCCCUACUGCCAUUGUCCCAGAGACAUUUGUGUCCCCUACUGCCAUUGUCCCAGAGACUAUUGUGUCCCCUACUGCCAUUGUCCCAGAGACAUUUGUGUCCCCUACUGCCAUUGUCCCAGAGACAUUUGUGUCCCCUGCCAUUGUCCCAGAGACAUUUUGUCCCAUUGUCCCAGACAUUUGUGUCCCCUACUGCCAUUGUCCCAGAGACAUUUGUGUCCCCUACUGCCAUUGUCCCAGAGACAUUUGUGUCCCCUACUGCCAUUGUCCCAGAGACAUUUGUGUCCCCUACUGCCAUUGUCCCAGGACUAUUGUGUCCCCUACUGCCAUUGUCCCAGAGACUAUUGUGUCCCCUACUGCCAUUGUCCCAGAGACAUUUGUGUCCCCUACUGCCAUUGUCCCAGAGACUAUUGGGUCCCCUACUGCCAUUGUCCCAGAGACUAUUGUGUCUCCUACUGCCAUUGUCCCAGAGACUAUUGUGUCCCCUACUGCCAUUGUCCCAGAGACUAUUGUGUCCCCUACUGCCAUUGUCCCAGAGACAUUUGUGUCCCCUACUGCCAUUGUCCCAGAGACAUUUGUGUCCCCUACUGCCAUUGUCCCAGAGACUAUUGUGUCCCCUACUGCCAUUGUCCCAGAGACAUUUGUGUCCCCUACUGCCAUUGUCCCAGAGACUAUUGUGUCGCCUACUGCCAUUGUCCCAGAUACAUUUGUGUCCCCUACUGCCAUUGUCCCAGAGACAUUUGUGUCCCCUACUGCCAUUGUCCCAGAGACAUUUGUGUCCCCUACUGCCAUUGUCCCAGAGACAUUUGUGUCCCCUACUGCCAUUGUCCCAGAGACAUUUGUGUCCCCUACUGCCAUUGUCCCAGAGACAUUUGUGUCCAGUAUUGCCAUUGUCCCAGAGACUAUUGUGUCCCCUACUGCCAUUGUCCCAGAGACUAUUGUGUCCCCUACUGCCAUUGUCCCAGAGACAUUUGUGUCCCCUACUGCCAUUGUCCCAGAGACAUUUGUGUCCCCUACUGCCAUUGUCCCAGAGACUAUUGUGUCCCCUACUGCCAUUGUCCCAGAGACAUUUGUGUCCCCUACUGCCAUUGUCCCAGAGACGAUUGUGUCCACUAUUGCCAUUGUCCCAGAGACGAUUGUGUCCCCUACUGCCAUUGCCCCACAGACUAUUGUGUCCCCUACUGCCGUUGUCCCACAGACUAUUGUGUCCCCCACUGCCAUUGUCCCACAGACUAUUGUGUCCCCUACUGCCGUUGUCCAUAUUGACAACAUCCCAAGUUCCUAUUGA